UAAAAACAUCACUGUGUUAGAAGAUCUGGAAUGCAUCGCAGAGUCCAAACACUGCACACGCUCAACAAUGAUAGCUGUCGGAUUGAUUUCGGUCUUGUUGGCGUUGAUCACAUGCGUGGUACAUUUGGACCUGUUGGGCUUGUUCGCAAUUCGGCCAGUGCCCAUCGAACAGUUGGUAGCCAACGACUACAACAUGUGGAUCCCAAGGCCGGGCACGGAAACGCCUAUUCCCGGUCCUCCUUACAACCAAGAUAUGCCUUCGGUCACGGUACUGCCGGACCUGAGAACAGAGCACGAUGACUUUAACCUAUACGACGGAUGUACGAUGGCUGAUGUGCCAGAGACCAUUACCAGAGAACCUGGGGUCAGCCAACCUAACGAGACGUUUGAUGUCUCCGACGUCGGCCAAGUAAAUUCGGAUUUGCCGGACUACGAAGACGAGGAAUUCUAGAUUAAGACGUGUCCAUCGGUUCCUUCUGAUGAUAAACUAUUUUUUCAUCAAUAACUCUUUGUUGUACAUUAUACAUUAUUACGAUUAAUAUUGUAUUUAUUUUAUACAUAUUUUUUUUGUUUAUCCUAAGCUGUUUAGGUUCAUUGCCACUUCCACGACGCCUCUCCUAACUUCUCCACGCGAUGCUCUUCGUGGCUCUUCUUUUACAGCCGAUUUCGGAGCCAUGUUAAAAAAAAAGCAAAGACUUUAACACCUUACUGUGUUAAAUCCUUAUGUAAAUUUCUAUGAUAACACUUAGUUAAGUAUUAAAAUAUUGUAAACACUUAAUAAUACUAUUAAUAUAUAAUAUGAAUCAUCUUAACAGUAUGAAUUCUGAAUGUACAUCCUCGCUAUCCUGACAAGUGUUUGAAAUUAAUUAAAACAUUUUCUGGGUUGCUGAAAAAUGUCGACCCCGGAAUAGUGCACCUUAUAAUGACUCUUAAUUUACCCUAAUCUGGUUGUCGGAUUGGGCUCCUUUUAAUAUAAUUUUCAUAGAAAAUAGACAAAUUUUAUUAUUUGAAAAAAAGGGUUUUAAUAAAUUAUACGUGGAGCUAUUGACGCGUAUUUUUACAACAAAUACACAGUUUAUGGUUAUGGAAUUAUAAUUAAAAGUUUCUGGGUAUAGCUAUUAAAUCGAAAUAACCAGAAUUUCUUGCUAAGUACGCUUGUU